AUGCCCUUGCCUUGGGAUUUGGGGGUUUGGGUCCGGCCCACCUGGGCUAUCCUGCGGAGUCCUUCGGGACGAGGGUUGAGUCAUAUUGACCCUCCGGAAUGUAAGUUUGCAAGGUGCAAGAAACAGGAGAGGAAUUUAGAGAAUGUGUCUGAGAUCUCUGAUCUCUCCCCCUUAUCCAUACCCCCAAACAGUGAUGCAUCAGAGAGUGGCAUGCUGUCUCGCCUGGGUGACCUGCUCUUCUACACCAUUGCUGAAGGACAAGAAAGGAUCGCCCUCCAUAAGUUCACUGCUGCACUGAGAGCUACCGGACUGCAGACAUCAGAUCCCCGGCUCCGGGACUGUAUGAGCCAGAUGCGGAAGAUGGUUCAAGAAUCCAGCAGCGGGGGUCUCUUAGACCGUGAUCUUUUUAGAAAAUGUGUGAGCAGCAACAUUGUGCUCCUGACCCAGGCAUUCCGAAAGAAGUUUGUCAUUCCUGACUUUGAGGAGUUCACAGACCAUGUGGAUCGCAUCUUUGAGGAGACCAAAGAACGCACAGAAGGCAAGGUGGCAGCCUACAUUCCCCAACUAGCCAAGUCAGAUCCUGAUCUGUGGGGUGUCUCACUAUGCACAGUGGAUGGACAAAGGCACUCAGUAGGACAAACUAAGAUCCCCUUCUGUCUACAGUCCUGUGUGAAGCCCCUCACUUAUGCCAUCUCUGUCAGCAACCUGGGCACUGAGUAUGUGCAUAAAUAUGUGGGCAAAGAGCCCAGUGGUCUACGUUACAACAAGCUUUCCCUCAAUGAGGAAGGAAUCCCUCAUAAUCCAAUGGUAAAUGCUGGUGCCAUUGUUGUGAGUUCCCUGAUAAAGAUGGACUGCAAUAAAGCAGAGAAGUUUGAUUUUGUGUUGCAAUAUCUGAACAAAUUGGCGGGAAAUGAAUAUAUGGGUUUCAGCAAUGCUACGUUCCAGUCAGAAAAGGAAACUGGAGAUCGGAAUUAUGCCAUUGGCUAUUAUCUCAAGGAAAAAAAGUGUUUUCCUAAGGGAGUUGACAUGAUGGCUGCCUUGGACCUCUACUUCCAGCUGUGCUCAGUGGAAGUGACAUGUGAAUCGGGCAGCGUCAUGGCGGCCACACUCGCCAAUGGUGGAAUCUGCCCGAUCACGGGCGAGAGCGUGCUGAGUGCUGAAGCUGUUCGCAACACCCUCAGCCUCAUGCAUUCCUGCGGCAUGUAUGACUUCUCUGGACAGUUUGCCUUCCAUGUGGGCCUCCCAGCCAAGUCUGCAGUGUCAGGAGCCAUCUUGCUUGUGGUACCCAAUGUAAUGGGGUUGAUGUGCCUGUCACCUCCUCUGGACAAGGCGGGGAACAGCCUCAGGGGCAUCAGCUUCUGCCAGAAGCUGGUAUCUCUCUUCAACUUCCACAACUAUGACAAUUUGCGGCACUGCGCUAAGAAGCUGGACCCUCGACGUGAAGGAGGAGAAGUACGGAACAAGACUGUGGUGAACCUGCUCUUUGCUGCCUACAGUGGAGAUGUUUCAGCUCUUCGAAGGUUUGCCUUAUCAGCCAUGGACAUGGAACAGAAGGACUAUGACUCCCGCACAGCACUACAUGUUGCUGCAGCAGAAGGACACCUGGAGGUUGUCAAGUUCCUGGUGGAAGCCUGCAAAGUAAAUCCUUUUGUGAAGGACAGGUGGGGCAAUAUUCCCUUGAAUGAUGCUGUGCAGUUCAACCAUCUGGAAGUGGUCAAACUGCUGCAGGAUUACCAGGACUCCUAUACUUUGUCUGAAACUCAGGCUGAGGCAGCAGCUGAAGCCCUAUCUAAGGAAAACCUGGAGAGCAUGGUGUAAUGGGGGCUACCCCCUCCCUUAAACAAGAAUCAACAGGAAUGAAGUCUACCUGGCUUCAGUGAGGGAAGAGGGGAAGUCAGCUUAAUGUCUUAGACCAGAGCCUCUUUGAGGAGUAUUCAUAGUGACCCCAGCCCAUUCACCCCACCACCCCCAUCAUGAGCCAGAUCCCCCAUUACCUUUUCAGACAAAGCUCAGAGAGGGGUCCUAGUGGCCACUGCCAGGUUUUGAAUUGGGUUUUGACCAGAAGGUUUGAGUUUCUGCAUGGUGCAAGUACGUACUUUGACUCAAUUAGCAUCCCCAGAAAGUUUACCUAGGUUUCUUCUUAAAUACAGCCAGUUCUCAUUUAAGUAAGUGGACCUUUCCACAGACUCCCUCCUCCCUACAUCCCCCUUCCCUUGGAGCUCUUAGAGGCCUGCACCUCCCUACCCCACCCCUAGCCAGAGUGGCUUCAGUGCGUAGAGUGGAGGACCCCUAGCACACUCCCCUGCCACUGCUUGCUGGGAUCCUGAGCCACAGGGCUGGCAGGAGUCAAAUUUGCAUAAUGUGAGAACUGUCUGUAUUCUAUUUCUUCUCCCUGACUCCAUGGUUGAAGAAACAUAUUAAAGAAAGGAAGAGUGCACUGAUGAGGAGCCCUGGGUUGCUACACCUCUUAUAAGUAUAUACAGAGGAGAAAUGAGGAAAGCUGUGGAGCCUGGUUUGAAGGAGGCUGAAGUGUACUGUACCCCCUUCAAUCAGGAUAUAAUGCUGCUAAUAGUUCUUUUAUAGACAGAGAAAGUAUUUUGUGAUCAAAUAAAAUUUUAAUUAUACAAAUCAAUAUUUUUGUUAAACCCAGCCCUCUCCCUUUCUCCUUUGAUGAGGAGUGUUUAGCCACCACCACUACAGUAGGAGGGGCCAGAUGGUGUACAGAAUGUAUAUUUAUACAGUAAUAGCCACUACAUAUACUUCAAACUUUGCUUUAUAUGGGUUCUUAUUUCUUCUAGGGAAAAGGCAAAGAUCACUUCUAAUUAAGGGGUGAAGGGGACAAUGGGUCCAUGACCCAGAGAAUACUAUUUAUCAUAUUUGAUUAAAACUGAAAAUUUUCAAGUCUCUCUGCCGAACAUGAGUUAGGUGAAACCUCCUGCCCAGCAAUCCCUUUACAAAAUCCUCAAAGGAGGGAAUGUUUGUAAAGAUGGUACCCUCAAGAAUGCCAACUCCCAGUACCAAUGACCUAGUUAACCCCUAAGUUUUCUCCAUUGUCCUCCAUAAUUGUAACUGACUGACUGGGCAUCGGAAUCUGGACAGACAGAAAGACUCAUGGACGGGAACGGUUGCAGCUAUGUGGUUGUAUGGUUCUGAGAUUGUUGGGAUCAGGACGAUGUUCUCGGGCUACAGCACACUGAGUCAAUAAAGCACUUGUGAAUGA